GCGGCGGCGGCGGCGGCGGCGGCGACAAUCCCUCGGGCCAUGGCGUCCCCGUCCAGGAGGCUGCAGACCAAACCGGUCAUCUCAUGCCUGAAGAGCGUGUUGCUCACCUACACCUUCAUCUUUUGGUUCACAGGUGUGAUCCUCCUUACAGUUGGCAUAUGGGGCAAGGUAAGCCUGGAGGUGUAUUUCUCACUGUUAAAUGAGAAGGCCACCAAUGUCCCUUUUGUGCUUAUUGGUCCUGGAACCAUCAUUAUCCUCUUGGGCACCUUCGGCUGUUUUGCUACCAGCCGGGCUUCAGCAUGGAUGCUGAAACUGUAUGCCAUGUUCCUGACCCUUAUUUUCUUCGUGGAGUUGGUGGCUGCUAUUGUAGGAUUUGUUUUUAGGCAUGAGAUUAGGAACAGCUUCGAGAUGAAUUAUGAGGCUUCCUUGAAGCAGUACAAUGAUACAGCCAUUCAAAGAAGUGAGGCAGUGGAUACCAUCCAGAAAACUUUACACUGCUGUGGUGUCCAAAGUGCUGUAGACUGGGAAACCACUGCCUACUAUGCGGAGAAAGGCUUUCCCCGGAGCUGCUGCAGGUUUCACAGCUGUUCCUGGGCUGAUAGGAAGGAUCUGAAGAAGCAGAUUCAGGAGGGCUGCUUCGUAAAAGUGACAACUGUUAUUCAGUCAGAAAUGGGUGUUGUAGCAGGCAUUUCCUUUGGGAUUGCUUGUUUCCAGUUGUUUGGUAUAUUUUUGGCCUGCUGUCUCUCUCGUUCCAUCACGAAUAACCAAUAUGAGAUCGUGUAAACUGGUGGCUGACAGCUCCAGAUCUCUCCGACCAAGCUUUAGGACAUUAUUCUCAGCUCCCUUCCUUGGAAAAUCCUUCAUGACCUUCAAUAUGCAAAGUGCUGAAAGUUAUAUGAACAGACUGAUCCCAUCAAGACCUGGCAGUUAUGAGUUCUUCAUCAUUCGCCUCCCCCAACUCAGUUUUUCCAGGCUGGGGGAACAUUAAAAGUCAUGUUAAGCUAACACAGUGUGUAUUGUGGAUAGCAGCUGUAUGCCUUCGGGCGUGUGGCCUGCCUUUCUGUGUCUCUUUCCCAUAGGCCGGGCUUUGCGGUCCUGUUGUCACUUGGUGUGACUGACCUCGAGGUCUGCUGAAUAUAUGAGCCUCCUCCUCUUUGGUGCCAUACGGUCUUCUGUAGCUUGGGAAGGUGAGCCUUGUGCCCAGCAGAGCUUCUCUUGUUUGUGCGAUUUGCAGCAGGCAGCUGGCUGGGCACAGAGCUCCUGGGCUUGGCCCGGGGCCCGGGGCAUGGCCCGGGCCUGUCUGCAUGUGGACACCUCCUUCUCUUAGCUGCCAAGUGGUGCUUCUGGAUCUCUGACCCCGCCGACUCACACUAAAGACACUCAUGUUCUGUGCUUGACCAGGGCACGGCGGGCUGCCCGUUCUCUUUGCUUUCUCUUCUAAACCCAGGUGUUAUAUCUGUUUUGUAGGUUUUCUCUCCCUUUUUGUUCUUAGAAAGGCCUUUCUUCGUUCUGAAUGAUGCUGUAGUGAUUUGUUUUUCCCUGAGGGACUUGUGGGAUAGUGGUUGUUCCCAGUAGCCUUAGCUGCUAGUAUUUCCCAACCAGGUUGGCAUGACUUAAUUGUCAGUAUUAUGUGCUCCUUUGACUUGUAUUCUUAUGUGUGUUGAUUUGUGUUUUGGGCCAAUAAAUAGAAAUUCUCCUAUCUUAAUAUCCAAUAAAUGGUUGACUCUUGUCCGCAAAAAUA